AUGGCUGAGCGGUGUGCUGAUUCCAGGAGUAAGCAGCCCAGUGACACUCGCAGUUCCAAGAUCAAGGACUCGUAUCCUAAAAGGUCCCCAUCGCAGAUCAGCAGCCUCGUCACCAGUGGUACCCCUGUUACCACUAAUAAUGCCAGUAGUGAUGCCGGGGGUGUGACAAGGAAAGCAACGUGUGCCUAUUGUAAGAAGGCCCACAGGCUUCAUGCCUGUAGUGAGUUCGUGAAACUGAACGUCCCCGACAGAGCCAGUUUUGUAAAGAGGAACGGCCUAUGUCUAGGCUGUCUCGGCUGGGGCCAUAUGAAGAGAGACUGUAAGUACAAGAAAACUUGUGAUAACUGCAAGGCCAUACACCCGACCAUUCUGCAUGAUCCUGGCUUUAGGCCGCGCGAUAGGAACCACCCCAGGAACGACAACAAAGACAACAAAGAUACGGCACAAGACCAGGACAACGGCGUACCGAAGGACGAUAGUUCUACCCCACCCCAGGUCACAACCCACUUCAUUGGGGCAGACUCCGGAGAAUGUACCAGCUUGAUAGUCCCUGUGACUCUGCGUCACAGGGAUAACGUGAACGAAACAACCAUCGUGUACGCCCUACUUGACGAGCAGUCCGAUGGUUGUUUCGUGAUCGAUUCCGUUCUAGACAAGAUAGGGGUAGAGGGCGAACCCUACUCCUUGAGGUUGGCUACCAUGACAUCCAAUACUACUGUUGAAUGUAGGCAGGUUCGUGGACUUGUGGUUAAAGGUCUUUAUGAGUCACAGAGUUUUGACAUGCCCGCCAUAAAGCCUCUGGAAGUCCUACCUGGCAAAGAGGAUGACCCUUAUGGUGUACGUACUGCACUUGGCUGGGGCGUUGUUGGAAUGUCUCCUCAGGGUUCAAGGCCACAACAGCGCCAUCACUUUUCAUUUAGAACACAGAUCACAGAGGUAACCCCUCAAGCUGUCAUGAAUAUGUUUGAUGUAGAAUUUGUUGAAAGGUCAGGUAGUGAGGAGGGCGUUGGCCUCUCAGUUGAAGAUCGCAAGUUUCUGCAGAUACUAGGGUCACAAAUUCGUCAACUUGACGACGGUCACUAUGAGUUACCACUCCCAUUCCGCGAUGAGAAUGUAAGGUUACCCAACAAUAGAGCCCAAGCUUUGAAGCGUCUGUCCAGCUUAAAACACAAGAUGGAGAAAAAUCCUCAAUUCAAGGAGGAUUAUCUUCAGUACAUGAAGGAAUUGAUUGAAAAGGGUUUCUGUGAGCGAGUGCCAGAAAAUGAGAGCUGUCCCGAAGGCUCGGUUUGGUAUUUGAGUCAUCAAGGGGUCUACCACCCAAACAAACCUGGACGUAUCCGGGUGGUAUUCGAUUGUAGCGCCGAGUUUCAGGGCGAGGUUCUUAACGAGCAUUUGCUCCAGGGUCCAGACCUAACCAACAACUUGGUAGGGGUCCUUUUGCGUUUCCGCAAAGAGUCUGUAGCUGUAGUCUGCGACGUGCAGUCAUUUUUCAAUAUGGUCAUGGUGAAGAAGGAGCACAGGAAUUUUCUCAGAUUCCUUUGGUAUGAGGAUGGCAAGCUGGUGGAGUAUCGCAUGACGAGACAUCUCUUUGGGGCUCGAUCUUCGCCAGGCUGUGCCACCUUCGCAAUGAGGGCCAAUGCUGACAAGUAUGAAUCUGAGUGUGGGUCAAAGGCGGCUGAGUUUGUCCGUGCUGGGUUCUAUUGCGACGACGGAUUGUCGGCUGAGAAAACUACUGAUGAUGGAAAGGACCUAGCAUGUGGCAGUAGGAAACUUUGCAAGAAGGGUGAAUUCACACUGAGAAGCUACUUAAGCAACGAUAGGGAAGUUAUGAUGGCUGUACCAUUGGAGGCUAGGGCUAAGGGUGUGCAGGAGUUGAAUCUCUUGUCAGAAAACUUGCCUACAGAGAGGACCCUGGGCCUUCAGUGGUGCACGCAAUCAGAUUCCUUCCAGUUCAAAGUGGUCAUGCGGGAAAAGCCUGUAACUAGACGUGGAAUAUUGUCCACAGUGAGUUCGAUUUUUGACCCACCUGGCCUGAUUGCUCCCUUCAUACUGACAGGACGUCGCAUUCUGCAGAAUUUGUGCAAUGGCAAGCUACAUUGGGACGACCCUGUCCCACCUGAAAUUAGUGUACAGUGGGAAAAAUGGUGCUCAGAGGUGUCAAACUUGGCGAAUAUUGAGAUCCCACGCUGUUACCACCCUAGAGUGUUUGGUGAGGUUGUCUCAGUACAACUGCAUCAUUUCAGUGAUGCAAGUUUGGAACCUGGUGGGCUGGGCCAGUGUAGCUACUUGAAACUCACAGAUGACAAGGGAAAUAGCUCAUUAUUGAUCUCAAAGGAUGCUCUGCAGCGUAUCACAGAGCUGCAAAGGUGCGUUCAAAAGGGGGCGUGA